UGUUUAGUUGAUAUGUUUGUUUCUUUCAGUUUAAGUGCAUGGCACACCUGUGAACUGGCCAAGUGUAGCUAAGCGCAUUGACCACUAUAAACAACGACGUUUGAAAAUAUUUUUGGUUGUUUCGUAGUUGGCUUUAUCGUAAGGAAUCCGUACGUUUACCGUUCUCUGUCUGCGUUUUUGAAACCAGUGUUAAGCCGUUGUAGAUCAUUUCAACCAGAAACGGGCGCGAAAAAUUGAGAAUUAUUUUUUAUCGUGCUGCAAUCAAGUCAGUUUUGCAAACGGAGCUCAAUGUUGUUGGGAGACAAGUCGAACAAACGAAAGUGGUUGAUCCCAAUACGACCAGGUAUAUUUAAGGUAGAAAACAUGUCAUCCAGCUGGCGCACCAGGAUUCUCAUUUUCUUGAUCAAUACAGAUCAAAGGGUUUACAAAAAGUAAGAAGGUCUCUUUGCAGGGAAAGAACCACUCAACCAUUCUUCUCUGAGCAAAGCAGAAGCAAAGAGCAGGCAUUAAGCCACGCACACCCUUGACCUAUCCACACGUGCUGGGCAAUAUCGUGCUGUCGAAUUUACAUAGAAAACGCACUACCGUGAUGUUGGCAUGGCAACAUUUAUGUCGUCCGGAAAGCGACCAGUUGUUCUGCAUUCAAACUCAAGACAGGCACAAUGACCCUUAAAACAAUGCAACUCAGUACAACGUAACACAUUUAUAGUAAAACGACUAUGAGGCAGUUGCUCUAAGCAUGCUUUAAGCCAAUUUAAUUUCAGUCUUUGACGCUGUUUUAAUCUGUCGGAGGGAACGCUUCAUUGGCAAAAGUGGCCCGAUGGCAAGUGUGUUGUGUGAAUUGGACUAGUUACCGGGCUAGCACUCCGCGCUCCGCGCCAAGCUAGUCGACUACAUCAGCUCGCGCGGAGUAAGGCUUACUACAAGCCGAAGGCAACGGUCAUAAUCCCCACAGAAAUGGCCUUAACAAGCAGUUUGCCUUGUAUAGACACGCUCUCGUUCCAGCUUAGUCGGCACGGGCUCGACGAAAACCGCAACAUAAAACCAGCUUUUUACUACUCCUGGUCGGAACCUUUCGAUUUAGACUUUGCCGGAAAGGCUCAUAGUAAUCCUAAGCGAAGUCGAAGCUUACCAAGUGCUUUGGUGGCGAAGCGGAAGGAUACGGCACAGCCUGGAUUGAAACGAGCGAGGGAGAGAGACGAGAACUCGGAGGAAACAUGCGGAUUUGUAAGGGCAGGAGCUGAAAUCCAUUCAACCAAUCUUCAUACAUCGACAGGGCGCCUAACUUUAUCAGUUAAUAAAUAUGCAAAUCAAGCAAACAGGCAUAAAGAAUCAGACACCGCCGCGGACUUGACUGAAUCUUCAGAUGACGAAGUAAGUGGACUCCUAGUAAAUCCAUUAAGCUCAAACACAGAUUUACUGCCGCCGAGUGUUCUCACCGAGAUUACGGGUUCGCACAAGUUGAUCCAGAACAGAAGUCGAACGCCGAGCGACUCCGGUCCACUUAAACGCACCUUGGAGGUAAAUGAAAACGCCAAUGACAAGAAAAGACGUCGUCCUAGGCUCGACUUUGAAAAGAUGCAGCUCUCCAGAAAUGCGUUCGUUCAUGUUCCGAAGAGCGAUCGCUCCAUCCUUGAUGAGGUGUAUUUCAGGCCAAUUAUAGCAUUUAACAUGGACGAGUGACGAUGAACGUGACAGAAAAUAACGUUUAUUAGCGUGAGAAAUGCAAACGACCAGGCCAGCAAACACAAAUAAUCUCAGGUAAAAAAAAAUAAUCGCACAGUGUUGUUGAAGAAUAGUCAAGUACGAAGGGACAAUUAGCAUACGUCUUUUUUAUCAUAAUCUCGGAAGACUGUUUUAAAGUAAACUUUAUGUGCCAUGCAUUGCGUUUAGAACUUUCGCCGUUCCCGUGUUGGAAAUAGUGAAUUGGAUUCAUCAGCUGUUUGAAAUGACUGGUUGGCGUGGGUUCCGCCAAACAAACAUAUAUUCAAAAUUAACAUCCGACUGCUAACACAAACCGCGACGCGAUAUAGAUAUCUAUAGAAAGGUUGGUUUCAUAAUUGUAUCUAAAGCUUCUAUACAAAAAAUGAUUUUAUUUCAAAUAGGACCGUAGAAACCAAGGGGACUGUGGUGUUGUAAAAAAAAAAGAAAGAAAAGAAAA